AUGUCUAGCAAUUUCUUUAAAAAACUUGUCAAAAAGAGUGAUACUAAUAAUGUAAAAGAUAUAAAUAAGAAUUCCUCUAAUAAACUACUGCCAAAAAGUACUACUAAAAGUAGUAGAUCUACAACGACUUCAAUUUCAAGAAAAUCAAGCAUAAAAAGUAGAUCUAAAGGAUAUGUUGAUGAUUCAGAGUCAAGCUUAUAUAAUGAUGAUGAAGGAGAUACAAAUACCAUGAUGGAAUUUAGUGAUGAUAAUUCAUCAAUUAGUUCGCAAAGUUUAUUAAAUAGAUCAAAAUCAAAUAUUUUAAAUCAACAAACAUUUGAUAAUCAUAAAAUUGAAGAUAAAGUAUUGUUUCCAAGUAUUGAAGAGACUCCAUUUACUGAAAUACCCGAAUUAAAUUUACAGCAAAAUGAAGAUCCACCAUGGGUAGGGUUAACUUAUGAAUCAUUUUUAACACCAAAAUAUGUUAAAAUAUCAAGAAGAAAUAAACAAAGUCCAAGAAUUUUGAAUCAUUUAUUUUUGGCUCAAGAAUUGAAUAUUGAAAGUAUUAGUGGUACAGGUAAUACAACAACUACUAGUGAUUCUGAUGGAUUAUCUGAUGAUUUUGAUGCUUUUUUAGACACGAACAAAGAAAUAUUUGUUAUGGAAUUUAGUAAAGAUGGUAAAUAUUUAGCUGCUGCUGGUAGAGACUCAAUAAUUAGAAUAUGGAAAGUAAUUUCAUCACCAUUAGGAAGACUUGAAUAUAAUCAACAAGAAAGAGAAGAACAUUUAUUAAAAAGGAGUAAUAAAAGAGAUGAUGUAUUUGAUUCAGCUCCUGUUUUCCAUAGACGUCCAGUUAUAGAAUUUAGAGGACAUACAAGAAGUAUAUUAUCAUUAUCAUGGAGUAAAAAUAAUUUUUUAAUCUCAGGUAGUAUGGAUAAAACUGUUAAAUUAUGGCAUGUAGAUAGAGAUUCAUGUUUGAAAACCUUUCAAAAUGAAGAUUUUGUAACAUCAGUUAAGUUUCAUCCAUUAGAUGAUAGAUUUUUCUUAAGUGGUUCAUUAGAUAAUGAGUUAAGAUUGUGGUCCAUACUUGAAAAUUCUGUAGCUUUUGGUAAAAAUUUAGGUGAGGAUGUUUUAAUUACAGCAGUUGAAUUCACUCCCGAUGGAUUACAUUGCAUUGUUGGUGGUUUUAAUGGUUCGGUAUUUUGUUUAGAAACUAAAGGGCUACAUACAAUACAUCGAGUUGAAGUUAAAGAAAAAUCAAUUGUGCAUCCAUUUCAUGAUAAGAAUGGUAACAAAAUAACUGGUAUAAAAGUAUUUGAAAAUCCAAAUCUUAUACCAGUGGAGGAAGCAAGUGAAUUAGAUAAAUGGACUGUGUUAAUAACGACAAAUGAUUCAAAAAUACGGACAGUUUCAACAAGUAAGAAGAAAUUAAUUACUAGAUUUAGAGGUUUAACAAAUAAUUCAUCUUCAAUUGUUGCUUCUAGUAAUGAUGAUAAUAAAUAUAUUAUAUCUGGAUCUGAAGAUCAUUAUUGUUAUGUUUGGGAAAAUAAUAAUAAUAUCAUUAAUAAUAGAUUAAAACAAACAAUUAAAGAAUUUGUCAUUGACGGUAAACAACAUAUAAAUGAAUUUAAUCACAAACAUGAAAAAUUAACUCAUAUAAUUCACUCAAAUAAAUUAGUAAGGAAAUUGUUAAAUGAUGAUAAUGAAUAUGACGUAGUUGCUAAUGAGAAUAAUAGUUAUUCAUGUUUCCAUGCACAUCAUUCAAGAUGUAAUGUUGCCUUAUUUGCUCCUGGUACAACUAAGAAAUUGUUAAGUUUAUCAGAUGAUAUUAUUUAUGAUUUAAAAAGAAGAGGUGUUGCUUGUAAGAUGAAUCCAAAUUCUUUCUGUACUGCUAAAGAACAUAAGCAUAUUGAAGAUUAUACGGGUGAAAUUAUUAUAACAACUGAUCAAUCUGGUUUAAUUAGAGUUUUUAGACAAGAUUGUGCUGCUGGAUAUAGAAAGAAAUUUAUUGAUUUCUAUAAACGUGGAUCAUCAAAUGAUAUGUUAACUCCAACAGAAACAAUUAAAUCAAAAAGAUAUUGUGAAAGAAGUGUUAGUCCUUCAAGAGAUUCAAAGAAUAUUAAAAAUUUAUUAACUUCAAAAUUAGGUUCAUCAAAAGUUGCAUCACAAACAUCAAUACCAGCACAAGGAACAACAUCAACAACUUCAAACAUCUUUAUGCAACCUGAUAUUUCAUUAAUUCUUGAACAUGAUUAUAGUUUAAAUCUGCUUGCUCAAAGAAAUUCAAGUCAACAAACUUUAAAUGUUGUACCUAAUGAACAUGCAAGAAAAGUCGAUACGAAUAAUGAAAGUUUCCCACCAAUAAAUAAUAAUGUACCAAAGAUAGUAUUACCUAAUUAUCAUUCACAAAUCGAAAAUUUAAAAUUUACAAAUUAG